AUGAGUUUCCUGGGUAAGAUUUUCGGUAGCAAAAAGGAAGAGAAAGGACCAUCAACUGAAGAUGCGAUACAAAAGCUACGAUCCACAGAAGAGAUGCUGAUAAAGAAACAAGAAUUUUUAGAAAAAAAAAUUGAACAAGAAGUAGCGAUAGCAAAAAAAAAUGGUACAACUAAUAAACGAGCUGCAUUGCAAGCAUUGAAACGUAAGAAACGGUACGAACAACAACUAGCGCAAAUUGAUGGUACCAUGUUAACUAUUGAACAACAGCGAGAGGCAUUAGAAGGUGCUAACACAAAUACAGCAGUAUUAACUACGAUGAAAACAGCAGCGGAUGCACUUAAAUCAGCUCAUCAAAAUAUGAAUGUUGAUGAUGUUCACAAUAUGAUGGAUGAUAUAGCAGAGUCACAAGAUUUAUCCAAAGAAAUAUCAGAAGCUAUUUCAAAUCCAGUUGCAUUUGGAACUGAUGUAGACGAAGAUGAAUUACAAAAGGAAUUGGAAGAGCUAGAACAAGAAGAAUUGGACAAAGAGUUGUUGAAUACAGGCAAGACACCUGUCAACGAUUUGCCAACGCCUGCAGUGCCAACAUUUGAGCCCAGUGGCCGAGGCAAAGCUAAAACAAAAGCUGAAGAAGAUGAUGACGAAAUGAAAGAAUUAGCUAACUGGGCUUCAUAA